ACCGAGCUGUGAUCACACGUGUGACGGAGGGCUGCAUUCCCGGCUCGCUGAGACACUGAAGCUCCACCUGCCGUCCUACCAGCCUGUGUGUGUAUCCGUUAGUCACUGCCUGUACAGCGGGGACAGAUAUGGAAGGAGACGGAAGUCAAGCUGGAAGCCCGACUGAUCCGCAACACGACCCGGGGAAAAUGUUUAUCGGUGGCCUCAGCUGGCAAACUUCACCAGACAGCCUUAGAGAUUAUUUUAGUAAAUUCGGACAAAUCCGAGAAUGUAUGGUGAUGAGAGACCCAACGACAAAACGCUCCAGGGGCUUUGGCUUCAUCACUUUUGCAGAUGCUGCCAGCGUAGAUAAAGUCUUGGCACAGCCGCAACACGAGUUAGACUCUAAAAUGAUUGAUCCUAAAGUUGCCUUUCCUAGACGUGCUCAGCUCAAGAUGAUCACAAGAACAAAGAAAAUAUUUGUUGGAGGAUUAUCGGCCAACACAGCAGUUGAAGAUGUGAAGCAAUAUUUUGAACAGUUUGGCAAGGUCGAGGAUGCCAUGCUAAUGUUUGACAAAACCACCAACCGACAUAGAGGUUUUGGCUUUGUUACAUUUGAAAUCGAGGAUGUGGUGGAGAAAGUCUGCGAGAUUCAUUUUCAUGAAAUCAAUAAUAAAAUGGUAGAAUGCAAAAAGGCCCAGCCUAAGGAAGUGAUGUUUCCCCCAGGGACACGAGGUCGGGCAAGGGGCCUACCAUACACGAUGGAUGCCUUCAUGCUGGGCAUGGGCAUGCUGAGUUAUCCUAACAUUAUAGCUACAUACAGCAGAGGCUACACCGGUUUUGCCCCAAGCUAUGGCUACCAGUUCCCAGGCUUCCCAGCGACAGCGUACGGACCGGUGGCAGCAGCAGCAGCAGCAGCAGCUCGAGGCUCAGGGUUCCCUGAUUAUGGGUUGUAUUCGGUAGCCGGGGCCGGCGGUGACGUCCGGGGAGGAGCGCCCUACUCCCUGGCCGACUAUGGCUCCCUGGGGGCCCAGGCUGCUACUCAACUCCUGCCCAGUGAGCAUGCCAGCUCAGCCUGCAACUCUCCCACAUCCCUCCAGCACCACCUGCACAGCCCGGACCCUUUUAAGAGCCCAGCAGGAACCAACCCAACCCGGCCCGGAGCCUUUCCCGGUGCCAACAGUCCUGGCCCUGUAGCUGACCUCUAUGGAACCUCCAGUCAGGACUCAGUUGUGGGCAACUACAUCAGUGCAACCAGCCCUCAGCCAGGCUCUGGCUUCAGCCACAGCAUUGCUGGUCCAUUGAUUGCGACAGCUUUUACAAAUGGAUACCAUUGAAAGCUAACAGGUGACUGGUUGCCAUCUCAUUGGAGGUGAUGCCAUCCAGCAAUAACCACUACAGAAUCCACACAGUGAGUCAGAGCGGAGGUGGCACCAGAUGACAGUCCAGACGUGGUAUAAAGCCUGAGCUGCUGUGGAGAUCCCUCUGAUUUGUAUAUCCGGUAUCCUUGUGUAGAGAAUUUACUGGUUUAGGUUUUACUUUUUUUUUUUAAAAUUGUGACAUUUUUUUGUCUUGGACUUAAAAUCAAUAAUGAAAAAAAAAUGUUUGUAUUUAGUUCUGAAUAUUUUCAAAAAAAGCAAUGUACUGUCACUAUACCUUCUUGUGUGUGUCUACUGAGACACUGUGGUUACUUGUCUUUUUGUAUCUUUGAGUGAUUGAAAGAUUGUCAGUUUGCACAUAUAAAGACAUCUGAUGUGAACCAACGUGGCUCAGUGGAGACAGGAUUGGUUCAUGUGUCAAAACACAAGACAAACCAAUAGUAGCUUUGGUUCCAGCAAUGUGGUCACUAAAAGUACCUAUUUUUGGCAAUAAGAGGACGACACUAUUUUCACAGUCCUGUUUUAUAAAUGUUUUGUUGUCUGGAGUAAAAAAAAAAAAU